AAAAAAAAAAAACCAUACACAAAUCCCUACAGCCGCCGCCGCGCCGUGCCCUUCUUCCUCAUCUUUCUUGUUCUCCUUCUACUGUUGCUGCUCUCGCCGGCGAUUAAGUAAUAUAUCAGGUUAGUUUUAGAAAUUUACGAAGAGAAUCAAAACUAUCCAAGAAAAAGGGGGAAUUGUUUAGAUUAGAAGUCGAGUUUUGGUUUGAUAGGUUCCUGAAAGUACACUAUUCAAGCAAUAUUUUUUAUUAGCAAGCUGAAUAGUAUUUUGCUCGCAUAUUGUAUUGAAUUUGGGGUUGGGGUAGCGUGCAAUGUCGGAGGAAGAAUUGGAGAGGAAGAGGCCGAAUGUGUCUGAUGCAGAUGGUACCAGGAUCAGCGAAGCCGAGCAGACAGAGAAACGGAAAGAGAAAAGAAAGAGGCGGCUACAGAAAGAGGCUGAAAAAGCGGACAAGCGAGGUGUUUGCUAUUUAAGUCGUGUCCCUCCGCACAUGAAUCCCUUGAAGCUUCGACAGCUUCUAUCCCAGUAUGGAGAAAUUCAAAGGAUCUAUCUCACUCCCGAAGAUCCUGCAGCACAAGUGCGACGGAAGAAAGCCGGGGGAUUCAGAGGACAGGAAUUCUCAGAGGGGUGGGUUGAGUUCACAGACAAGAAAGUUGCCAAGAGAGUUGCAAAGAUGUUAAAUGGGGAACAAAUCGGUGGAAAGAAACGAUCAUCAUUUUACUACGACCUUUGGAAUAUCAAAUACUUGAGCAAAUUCAAAUGGGAUGAUCUUACUGAAGAGACCGCAUUCAAGAAUGCCAUUCGGGAACAAAAGCUGGCCCUGGAGCUCUCUGCUGCGAAAAGAGAGCGAGACUUCUACCUCUCAAAAGUUGAUCAAUCUAAAGCUUUGAGUAAAAUAGAAGAACGAUUAAAGAAGAAGCAAAAAGUUGAAUUGGCACCGAAAGUUAUUCGGCAGUAUCCUCAGAAGAAACCAGUUGAGGGUAAAAAUGCCGGAGAUGAUAAGGGUCAGCUGUCGAGGGAUAUUCUGGCUGGGGUCUUUGGGGGUUCUUCAUGAUCAUCAGCAUGGGCAAAUUUGUAAGAGAUUCGAUUCAGUUUUCGACAUUGCAAUCACUUAACAAUAUACAAGUAGUUUGUGCUUGUCACAUUAGUUAUGUCUUUAUCUAUGGCAAGGAUUGAAUCGAUGUUUCUACAACAUUAUAUGAUGUGAAAAAGGAAAUUUUGUGUUAA